UCUUGAAAGAUUACGGGAUUAAAAAUACGUUGGCUGCUGAUGUUGUUGUAAUUAUCUCUUUGUUGCAACAAACUUAAACGAAAUAAAUUUGUGUACGAAAGCUUCCCCCAAUAAGAGGUCUUGCAGCCAUACUUUGAGGUGCUGAGAGGAGGAUAUGUCGAGAUACAACAAAUGAUAUUAAAUAUUGGUAUAUUAUUUUUCCACCGAUAUGGCAUUUCAUAAACUACUCAGAUAUAAAGUUACAUCACGUCAAGUGUUCGUGCACCCUUCGAAAGGGAGAGAGAACUACAUUAAGACGCAUUUAGAGAGAGACGAGCACAGUUUUAUCGCUUGCUCUUCCAAAAAUAUUAAUGGAAAAAAUUAGACCGGCCAUCUUGGAGUCGGUAAUGAAGAUUUCGAAUGGAAUAUUGUUGGUGAUCGAUUGACUACGAAUUUUUUUUUGGUGUUGGGAUAACAUUAAUGGAGCCGUAAUCCCACCGCCUUAACUGAUCAAGGUAUCAUCGAGUGACGUUCCUCGGCCGAUUAAACCCUCAAAAAAGAGGCCACAUGGAGGCCAUUCUAAACUUCCUGCGAACGUAUUUAAUCGGCAAUCGCUUCACGACAAAAACCUUUCCAGGGCUCGUGCCCCACAUACAGUAUCAUAUCUGCCGUUCCAGCACCAACAUGCUAUUGAAAAUCGAAAACCAACUUCUGCAACGGCAUCGUCAAAGAGAGACAACUGGUAUCAAGAAGCUGUAUAAUUCAUUCUUCGUUCUCUUCUAA